CCUCGAGAAAAUCGCACAUGGGCGAAAGCCCUUUUUUGUUGCGAGGAGUGGAACAAGUAGAAGACUUAGUGUGUUGUUCUCCCCUCCAGGAAUCUUAUCCACUAGGGCGGCUCUUGCUACGGCUAAGCUGCAGUGCAUAUGCUGAUCAGCCUAGGCUAAAGCUAUGCCCAAAUGCCCGUGCUUGUGACCUUCAAAAUGAGCUUCCGAUCCUCAUUUCCCCUCCCAUCAUCCCCCUCAUCUCUUCUAGGGGUUUUAUGCGACGCCUCGGGUGAAGAUAUUGCGAAUCCAUAAUUACCAAAAUCAACUUUUUCUCCACUUCAAUUUACACAUUUUUUGAAUUGUAUCGAGUAUCACUUUGUAGAAACAUCGCUGUCUGUCUCAGCUAACGCAGCACCAACCAAUUGUACAAUUAUCAACAUUAUGUCCGUCACCAACGGUGCUGCAGACCAACAAGGGGAAAAGUCCUCUGUGUCUGCUGCUGCUGCGCAACAGAGCGACAACAUUGCCCAUGCGCUCGCAGGUGCUGGGGGCGGACUUCUGUCUAUGACUUUGACUUAUCCACUGAUUACUCUCUCUACCCGUGCUCAAGUGGAGUCAAAGCGCGCAAAGUCGACGACGCUUGAUGCGGUUCGACAAAUUGUUCGACGAGAGGGCAUCGCGGGCCUAUAUGCUGGCCUUGAUUCGGCUCUCUUUGGAAUCAGUGUGACCAAUUUUGUCUAUUAUUAUUGGUAUGAAUGGACCCGCGCUGGCUUUGAAAAAGCCGCGCUUAAGGCCGGGCGCGCCUCCAAGAAGUUGACCACCAUUGAAUCCAUCAUUGCUGGAGCGCUUGCCGGCAGUGCCACCGUUCUCAUAACGAAUCCUAUAUGGGUCGUGAAUACGCGCAUGACUGCCCGAAGCUCUUCCUCAGAAGAUCAGGCUCUGCCGGGCGCAAAGCCCAAGAAAGCCCUAUCGACUAUUGGCACUUUGCUGUCACUCAUUCGAAAUGAAGGCUUCUUAGCCCUCUUUGCCGGCGUCAUUCCUGCGCUGGUUUUGGUAAUCAAUCCAAUCCUUCAGUAUACAAUUUUCGAGCAACUGAAAAACGUCUUGGAACGACGGAAGAAGGUGACCCCCACUGAUGCCUUCUACCUUGGCGCACUUGGCAAAUUGCUGGCAACUACCAUAACAUAUCCAUACAUUACCGUCAAAAGCAGAAUGCAUGUUGCGGGCAAAGACGGACCAAAAGAAGAUAUGUCUGAAAGCCUCAAAAAGAUUAUUCGGACAGAAGGGUGGGCAGGUUUGUACAAUGGAAUCGGGCCCAAAAUCACGCAGAGCGUUAUCACUGCAGCAUUCCUUUUUGCCUUCAAGGAUGCCCUUUAUGAGAUGAGCGUCAGGGCCCGUAGGGGGCUGACUACACGAUGAUACAAUGUCGAAAAAGUAUAUACUUCAUAUAGCUCAUCAAGAACCAAUUCAAUUUGCAGAU